AUGAGCGGGCGCAAUGCAAAGACUGGUCCUGGACAUAUUCCUCUCCCUCCGAGCGGAUGGAACGAAGAUUCUGCGUUGCUAACGGACACUCCAUCAUCUCAUUCUCGAGACCCUAGUCCAUUUCCUCAACCCGUCUUCUCGCCGCCUCAGUGGAACCAACAGGACAGCAUCCCUAACAUGUACACGGGCGAUGAACCACCAGAGAUUCCAGACAAGGUUCCGAUACCAGUUGCACUACCUAUGUCAUCAGCAGCAGGCGUUACGCCGCUACCGCUGCUGCCCAUGACUGUUCUAUCCAUCAUGAUGCUCGGAGAGUUUCUAUCUGCCAAUGUCUCUUCGCCAUGGGUGCUCUUCAUGGUUCAAUCCUUUCAUAUCAGUGACGACGAUGCCGAAGUAGGCUAUUGGACCGGGGUCCUAUGCAGCAUGUUCUUUAUCACCCAAUUCGCUACUUCACUUCUUUGGGCUACUGUAGCAGAAAAACACGGCCGACGGACGGUACUCAUCGUAUCUCUACUUGGAAUGGCCAUUACUUGUACACUAUUCGGCACGUCGAGGUCAUACAGCGAAGCCAUUGUCAUUCGUCUCCUUCAGGGUGUGUUUGGAGGGGCAGUUGGCGUUGGAAGGGGUAGUGUUGCGAGCGUCACGGACCUGACGAAUGAAGGACGUGCCUAUGCUAUCAUGGGCUUCGCGUGGGGUCUAGGAGGUGUUGCAGGCGCAAUAGUGGGGGGUCUUUUCGAAUCUCCCGCAAAGAACUGGCCGCAGUUCUUUGGUCAUGUCCAACUAUUCAUCGAUUACCCGUACCUACUCCCAUGUGCGGUGGCAUCGUCCGUCACCCUUUUGGGAGCGUUCCUUGCCCUCUUCUUGGGUUACGACGGAGGUCCCCGGGAAGGUGCGAUCAAGCUUUCGCCCGACAAGGAAAACUUGCCUCUUCCUCUAUCAACGGUUGAAGAAGAGGAGCCAAUCACGCCACCUCCAGCCGCUCCCGCUGGAAUCGUCGCCAAUCUGAAGCACAAGGUCUCUCGACGGUUCAGCGAUGCGCUGGCGAGACGAGUGUUUGAUGGUCCAUCUGCAUCACCGAGAUCUGGGGUAGCCCUUCUUUCGCCGCUAACCCCCGCCAAUCAACCACAACCAAAACCAAGAACCAUGUCGCGAACGUCAAAGGUCAAUGGUCGGCAUAUGGGUAUUCCGGAAGACGCGGUUCAAGAACGUAGGUUUACGAACACUGCCGAAGAUCGACCUGGCACACCAGCCAGCUUUGCACAGAGAUUGCUACUGGCCAACGAGAUGAAUGCCACAUCUCUCGCAGACCUCUGGGUGCAAGCCGCAAUCAACGUGGACAAUGAAGAGGUCUUUGAGACAGACUCAGAGUCUGCCAUGUCCGACAUUGAAGAAGGACCUUCAAGACUUCCAGUGGCAUCCACUAGUCUUGAUUCGGAUGAGACGGCUAGAGGACGUCAUCGUCCGUCGAUGGCGAGCACUUCGUCGCGACCGUUUGGUGGAUUACAUCGACUUGGACUCACUGCUCUCACCCCAGCUCGUCGACCUUCGUCAGGAUCAAUGGUUCCAGCCAUCUUUUCUCAUACAGGCGUACGCACGCCACCCAACAUUACGGCGGUCUCCACGCCCGGACAUCAUACGCCAGAGCCAAUGCAAUUGGAAACGACAACUUUAUCACCGAUUGCAGAGAGCAGGCCUAUUUCGCAGUUGGUGGAAGAAAAGCUGCCCAGUACAUGGUCUAUGUUACCCAUGUUGAUCAUUCUUCAAUAUGGAUUGCUUGCGCUGCACACGACUACGCAUGAUCAAGUCUUUUAUCUCUACCUAGUCUCAAACUAUAAAACUGGAGGUCUCGAGCUGACGCCCGGGCACUUUGCGCAACUGAUUGCUAUGAUGUGUCUCGUCCAGAUUGUUUACCAGUUCUACCUCUACCCAAACAUUGGUCCACCGCGAGGUCGAUUCUCUCAUCUUGCAAUGUUCCGAAUUGGUUCCUUCCUGUUCAUUCCAGCCUACCUCACUGUAGUGCUCUAUCGCAACUUUGCGAGUCCAGGACCUGGCAACAACUUUUUGGUCAUGAGCUCACUUGCGGUGUCUACGGCCAUUCGAUACUGUGGGACGACAUUUGCCUACACCUCUGUCUCCAUCUUGUUAAACUAUAUGACGCCUCCACCCAUUGUCGGACUCGCCAAUGGUCUGGCUCAAAGUAUCGUCUCGUUGGCUCGAUUUUUUGGACCGAUCAUUGGAGGAUACUUGUGGUCAUCAAGUGUACAAGAUGGCCCUUCUGGCUAUGGCUUUGGGUUUUUCAUUUGCACCGCGGUGUGCAUAGGAGCGAUCGUGCAAUCUUUCAUGAUUCGAUAG